CUAGUUUUACCAAUAAUUUGCUUAUAUACCAGAUAUGUUGGUAGAGAAAAAUCUUAACUUCAUAUUAUUAUUUGAAUAGAUACUUACAUUGUGACAAAUCCAAAACUUUCUUUCUGCCAGCAAAAUAAACCAUAUUGGGUUUAUUAUUGUUUCCAAAACCAUUUAUCUUAGCCUUUAGAGUUUAAAGGUAUGGGUGUAUGGCAUUAGAUCCAAUGGUAUUCAUAUUGUAUUUCAACAAUGAUUGCAAAUCUUCAUAUCAAUGCUCAGAAAUGGAGUUCACAAACCAACAAAAACAAACUACAAACAUUUUUAUAUUCAACUUCUAAUAAUCACAUAAUAUGAACACAUAUAUAUGUUUAAUUGAAAAAUUUAAUUAAAAUUCAUUUGAAUCGUUUGUAUUAUUAAAAAAAAUAUUUAUCUAUGGUUUAUAAUAUAUAGGUAUAUACAUUUAAUAUUUAAUAAUGAAUUUAAAUAUUAUGUUAAAAUUCACUGAUUCUGCACUGUCAUGCUAAAAAGAAAAUAUCUCGUCUUUAAAUAUAACUAUUGUCCAAAGGUUUUAACUAAUCGUAGAGCUAUUGGCAAAAAUACUGUUAGGGGGGAGGUAGUUAAUUAGGAUGUAAAGGUAAUAAUAAUUGUUAGUAGAAAAAUAAAAGGUUAUGGGUACUAGAAUUUUAUAAUAUAAUAGGUACUACGUUUUUUUUUACCUUUAUCAAAUUAUGGUGCAUUUUAGAUUUUUAGUCCUACCAAAAAACAUUGGAAAUUUGCGAAUAUUUAUAGAGGCAGGAAAAUUAAAGUCAUAUGAAUUUGGAAGACGAUUUCGAAAGCGAUAUUCGAAAUUUCUUCCAGUCACCUAUAACAGUAGCUUAGUUUUGGUCCAGAGUACAGAAACUGAUCGUACACAAAUGACAGCGUCAGCAUUUUUAGCAGGAGCAUUUCCACCCAACGGCAAACAAAUUUGGAACAACGAUUUACAAUGGAUACCUAUACCAAUUCAUUCGAUACCUCCAAAUCAAGACAACAUACUAAGAGUUACAAAAUCCUGCCCUGCUUAUGACGCAGAAUUUGAAAAAGCAAAAAAUGAAACUGAAAAACGAAUGUUAAUUAAAUAUGAAACAUUUUUCAACUAUGUAUCUAAUCAUACAGGUUUAGAAAUAAAACAUCUUUCAGAUGUUGAAAAUAUAUUCAAUUCAUUAACUAUUCAGCAAAGAAAUCAUCUGACAUUGCCAUCAUGGGUAAAAGUAAAAAAUUACAUGGGUCUUAUGGAAAAUAUUGUCUUAGAAUGGUUAGUUACUUAUUCAAAAACGGAUUUCAUGAAAAAAUUAAGGUCCGGAAAACUCAUCGGUGAAAUAGUUAGAGUGAUGAGAGACAAGAUGGAUGGAAGAUUAAAUCCUGACAGAAAAAUGUUUGCUUACUUUAGUCAUGAGCAAACGUUAAUUGAUUUUUUACAUACAUUGGGGAUGAAAAAUCUUUUUAAACCUAGUUACGGAGCCUCGGCUUUUGUUGAAUUACACAAAAUCAAAGAAGAAUUCUACGUAAAAGUAAUGUACACAAAAACCUAUGACACUCCAGAUAUUCUAUCCUUGGAGAUGGAAAGUCAAACAAGUUUUUUACCAACAUUAGAAGAUUUUAUAAUAUCAACUGAAAAUUACGUACCAAAAAACUGGGAAAAAGAAUGCCAGCUUAAAUAACAUUUAACUAAUAUUAAUUUUAAUAUAAACGUUAAGUAAAAUGCAUAUACCUAUACCUAUAUUAAUAAUAAUUUUUAAUCCUUUACCUAACUAAUUUGAAUUAUAUUAUAUAAGUACCUAUGUAUCUUACGACUGUUGUAAAGUAAACCAUAUUCUAUAAGGACAACGCCCAUUUAAUAAUUAUAAUAAAUUAAUAAAUAUAUUUAAAAAUAAUUAAGAAUAA